AUGAAUAAACAGUUUGCCCUGCAUGUGUACCUGGCCCCCUCCUGGGCGGAUACGGCAGGCAAACGGUGCAAGGGCGGCUGCCGGGAGAAGGUGGGCAGCUGGAGUGGGACUGGGGGAGACAGGAUCAAUGUGACCUGCGGUGGUCCCCAGGUGGCCGGGAUGCAGUACCUGCACGGCGUCCUGGGCCCCAUCAUCAACAAGGUGUUUGAGGAGAAGAAGUACGUGGAGCUGGACCCCAGCAAAGUGGAAGUUAAGGAUGUAGGGUGCUCCGGGCUGCACCGCCCGCAGACCGAGGCCGAGGUGCUGGAGCAGAGCGCGCAGACGCUGCGCGCCCACCUGGGGGCCCUGCUGAGCGCGCUCAGCCGCUCGGUUCGCGCGUGCCCCGCCGUGGUGCGCGCCACCUUCCGCCAGCUCUUCCGGCGCGUGCGCGAGCGCUUCCCCGGCGCCCAGCACGAGAAUGUACCGUUCAUCGCCGUCACCAGCUUCCUGUGCCUGCGCUUCUUCUCUCCCGCCAUCAUGUCGCCCAAGCUCUUCCACCUGCGGGAGCGCCACGCGGACGCCCGCACCAGCCGCACCCUGCUCCUGUUGGCCAAGGCAGUCCAGAACGUGGGCAACAUGGACACGCCGGCUUCCAGGGCCAAGGAGGCUUGGAUGGAGCCGCUGCAGCCCACCGUGCGCCAGGGCGUGGCGCAGCUGAAGGACUUCAUCACCAAGCUCGUGGACAUCGAGGAGAAGGACGAGCUGGACCUGCAGCGGACGCUGAGUUUGCAGGCGCCACCUGUGAAGGAGGGGCCACUCUUCAUCCACAGGACCAAGGGCAAGGGCCCCCUCGUGUCCUCCUCCUUCAAGAAGCUCUACUUCUCCCUCACUACCGAGGCCCUCAGCUUCGCAAAGACGCCCAGCUCCAAGGUGGGUAAGGAGGGAGGCCGGCAAGUGGGGCACCUUAGAGGCACCUCGGUCUCCCACACCAGCCUCCUGGGCUCCUACCAUCCCGGUGCCUUCCGUGGGGACAAGUGGAGCUGCUGCCACCAAAAAGAGAAGACAGGUCAGGGCUGCGAUAAGACCCGGUCACGGGUGACCCUGCAGGAAUGGAAUGACCCUCUUGACCAUGACCUUGAGGCCCAGCUCAUCUACCGGCACCUGCUGGGCGUGGAGGCCAUGCUGUGGGAGAGGCACCGGGAGCUGAGCGGGGGCGCAGAGGCAGGCACGGUGCCCACGAGCCCUGGCAAAGUCCCCGAGGACUCAUUGGCCCGGCUGCUCCGGGUGCUGCAGGACCUCCGCGAGGCCCAUAGCUCCAGCCCGGCCGGCUCCCCACCCUCAGAGCCCAACUGCCUCCUGGAGCUGCAGACGUGAGACCCGCCCUACGCUCCCCUUGCUGAGUCCCCUGCCAAGCGCUCGGAGCCCCCCCAGGACACUCUGCACCCCCUCACCCCGGUCCUCCUCAUUAGGGUGCAGGGCCUAGGUCUCUUCCAGGUGGGGGAGGGGGGAGAGUCAGGAAUAAGGGGAUCCCCAGAAGUGCAGAGCUGAGCAGGCUUGGGCCUGUCAUGGCUGGCCUGAAGUGUCCCCAGCUCCCUACAGCCGCUGUAGCCAUCACUGCCUCUCCAGGGACCCUCCUCUCCUGCCCAGGACAGACCCAGCCAGAACCACUGCUAGGAUGGGCCACACCCAGGGGUCUGGCCUCCAGGGACCUAGAGAAUGGGAGGGAGAACGGGGCCCCAGGAGACCCGGCCGCCACCCCACCCGCUACCCUUGGGUGCCACAGGGCUGUGCUGUUGCCAACAGUAAACCUGCUGUUACUGUC